GCGGCAAGCGGUGCACAAGUGCAGCGCGACUUCCUCCCUCGCGGCUCCCCCCGUCGCGGAUUUCUACCCCCUUCCGCCCCGCUCUCCGCCCCUCCCCCGCAGCCCGCGGUCCAGUCCGUCGGGUUUUUUUGUCGUUUUGAGCGCCGCGCCGCGCGUCUUUAUUAUCCUGCUCCACCGGUGACGUCACGUGUGAGUCAACCCGCGUCCGCUCCUGUGGCUCCUGUCAUCGGGCCCGAGUUUCAGCGGCUUUCGUACCUUGUCUUCGUCUUCGCGUCGACGGCGUGAGAAAACGCGUCGUAGCGUGUAAACCGAGACACAGCACUCGAGCCUUUUCCAGUGCUGGAUUGACUUUGCUUCGAGCCUCCGCUUAACCUGCAGUCGUUCUCUCAGCUGGUUUUUCGACUAAUGGCCAUUCUACAAUCAGAAACUUUCUGUUGCAUUCAUCUCUACUAGAAACGCUCCUCGCUGUGGUGUGAACGCGAUGAGCUUUUCGUCGAUCGUUUCUGAAGAAUUUUUUGUUAGUUUUAGAAACUUUUUUACGAGUUCUUAAGGACCUUUCCACGUAAUUUCCGUGACGACUCAGUGCGCUCUUUCGUGAAUUUUCAAAAACUUUUCCGAGUGACUAGAAACUAUCGGUUUUUGUAAGUUUUUCAUGGGUUACGAGUGAACAUUCGGGUAGUUCUGCGUGUGUUCUCGGGGGCUGUUGGGUGAGGUAGGGGUCGUAUCGAGAGUGUGGGGACUCGGCCACUCGGGCACGGACUGAUGUUGGGUUCAAGAUGAGAUCAUUGGGGCCGACGAUCGCGAUCGGAGUCUGGUGGGCUUUGGUGAGCCUGGUGACAGCGUCGCUGGACUACUGUUGCGUCGACAUGAUCGCCUCCGCCAAAGCGCCCUGGAUGCAGUUUACCAAGGAGCUCAGCUCCCAGGAGUUCAGCGUCACCAACUCCCUCAAGUCUCUUCACUGUUGCGCCAAAGGCUACCGUAGCAUCGAGUGGUACAAGGAUGGAAAGCCUUAUCCAUGGCGUAGGGAUGUCUCGAACAUGAUAUUAUACCCAGAAUCAGCCAAUCAAACCGUGUACACGCACGCAGUGACGGCGAGGGAUGCCGGGAAUUAUACUUGUAUCGUCCGCAACGAUUCCAGUUCCAUAUCUCACACUAUUCACUUAUCCACAUUCGAUAAGACGGGGUAUGUUGACGCACCGUUACCGACGUACCAAUUGGCCAAUGAGCAAUACGCCAAGGUUGGCUCCACCGUGAGAUUGUUUUGCGAGGCUUUCGUAGGUCAUAUUGAUCUUCCUGACGCAAAAAAUCAAGUGGAAUGGAUUCGGCUCGGCGAAAAUCAAACACUCGAAGGGAACGAACGAUUUUCUCAAAAGCAAAUUUCCAGAGAGGAUGGUCAAAUAAUUGGCAAGUAUUUGGAGAUCUCAUCAGUUCACCGAAGUGAUUUUGGCAACUAUAUGUGUACAAUAAGCAACAGCGGGGACCAAACUAUCCAGCUCAUCACAACACUUCGAGAAGAGGAAUGGUUUUCAAUGCAAGUAGCUGACUACACAGACUGGGGUUGGAUGGUUUUCUUGGUCUGUUCAUUGAUUUCAUCGAUACUCAUUGUCUGUCUUGUUUUGAGGCGAUAUUGCUUCCAUUCGUACGGCUGACUACCUCAAUUGUAAACAAGCAAACCUAAUUUUUACAUACAAGAAGUGGAGUACGUAAUAGAGUGCAGGAAGAAUUUAUAUGAAGCUGCCUUCAUUACCAGAUACCGCAAGGAUGUUUAUUCAAAAGAACUACGAGAAUUUUUUCUGAAAAGAGCAGACCAGCAAAAAGAAAUUAAUAAGAGCUGAACUGAGGCUGUUGAAGAUAUUUAUUAACAGGCUGCUGCAAAAAUUCUUCACUCCAUUACGUGACUCUUCCUUUUGUUGCUAGGAUAGCAUUUGCAAUCACAUGAACCAAUACUUGAAAAGACAAAAGGCUGUGAAUAUUAUCAAAUACAUUAAUCAAAAAUAAAUUGGUAAAACGGUGAUGUAUUUAUUUUAUGUAAAUAGAUGUUAUUGGAAUAAAGUUUGUUGCAAAAAUACUGAA